UCUCGUCUCUCGCUCGUCAUACAUGUAUGGCCGGCACGGGAACAUCCAAAGUGAAUCACGUCAGCUGGUAGGAAAUUCGCCGCUUUCAUCCACUCUUGCCGGUACAAUCAGUCUUAGCUAUGGCGACAGCGCCGCCGCGCCGCUCGCUGCUUCUGCUGCUUCUGCUCCUCCGCUCCUUCUUCGCCGCCGCCACGCCGUCGAUCACCACGAAGGCCGUGCCGCGGCUGCCGGGUUUCAGCGGACCCCUGCCCUUCUCCCUCGAAACAGGGUACGUGGAGCUGGAUGACGGCGUCAGCCUCUUCUACUACUUCAUCCAGUCGGAGCGCGACCCGGAGGAGGACCCCGUCCUGCUCUGGCUCACCGGCGGCCCCGGAUGCUCCGCCCUCUCCGGCCUCGUCUACGAGAUGGGUCCCUUCUACUUCGACUUCGAGGGGUACACCGGGAGUGGCCUGCCUACUCUGCUCUACAAACCAACAUCUUGGACACAGGUUAGCAGUGUCAUCUUCGUGGAUUCUCCGGCAGGGACAGGCUUCUCGUAUGACACCACGGGCAAUAGGACCAUACCAAGUGACACCAUUGCUAUUCAACAGCUGCACACCUUUCUCCAAACGUGGUUUGAUGAACACCCACAGUUUUUGCUGAAUCCAUUCUACGUUGCGGGUGAUUCGUAUAGCGGCAUAAUCAUACCUCCUCUUGCUAUGAAAGUUGCUAAAGGGAUAGAAUACGGUGAUGAGCCACUCAUCAAUCUUAAGGGUGUAAUUGCUGGCAAUCCAUUGACUGAUGCAGCGACAGACAUCAACGCUCGAGUUCCAUAUCUUCACGGUAUGGGAAUUAUACCAGAUGAACUCUACGAGGCUGCUCAUGAUGGCUGUAGAGGAGAAUACCGUAGGCCAUCGAACACUAAUUGUGCCGAUUCCCUCCAAGCCAUCCAAGACUGUAUAAGGGAUUUAAAUGAUGUACACAUCUUGGAGGCACGUUGUCCAGAAUAUCCAAGCCUCGCCAUUCAGAAGCAGCAGGCGUUGCAGGAUCAUAGUAGGAAAAGGCUAUUAGAGUCCGCAGUUUGGUCUAUUUGCAGGAAUGCCACGUACUUUCUAUCCGAGGUAUGGACAAAUGACGAAGUUGUAAGGGAAAGUUUAGGUAUUCACAAGGGAACAGUUCCAUCAUGGCUACGAUGUGAUUUCGAUAUACCUUACACAAUGGAAAUUGCCAGUGCAGUGGAUGAUCAUUUAGCAUUGAUUACUAAAGGAUACCGGGCCAUGAUCUACAGUGGCGAUCAUGAUAGUAAAAUAUCUCAUGUUGGCACCCAAGCAUGGAUCAGAAAACUUAGCCUUCCCAUCACAGAUAAUUGGCGACCAUGGUAUGUGGAAGGCCAAGUUGUAGGGUUCACAAGAACUUACUCCAACAAUCUGACAUUUGCAACUGUAAAGGGUGCUGGACACACAGCCCCGGAGUACAUGCCCAAGGAGUGUCUUGCCAUGAUCGAUAGAUGGCUCUCAGGUGAACCUCUUUAAGGGGUCGACUGAUGUUGGGUGCACGUGGAGGUUCUUAAUGUCAAUUGUAUAUGUAAGGUAACAUAUAUGUAACGGCAAACUGAGCAUACCGCAAUUGUUUAGGCUUUUAUGUGGUGGAAUGGAACCUGUCCACCCAAGUUUAAGUCA